CGCACGGCGAGUGUCCUUUACGGCAGGCGCCUGUGUCACCCCGAAACCGGCUGUCGUGUUCUGCGCCCAGGGAGCCUACAAGGGCACUUCUGUGGUGCGGUAGGUGCUGCUGUGUCCGCACAGCCAAGCCAUGCCUUUCUUCGAUGUGCAGAAAAAGCUGGGCAUUAGCCUCGAUCGCCACUUCGUAUUCCAAAGUGUUGAGCAGCCCUUCAAGAUUCCCUCCCGAUGCCAUGCUUUCGAAAAAGAGUGGAUAGAGUGUGCACAUGGCAUCGGUGCUACCCGGGCUAAAAAAGAGUGCAAGAUAGAAUUUGAAGAUUUCGAGGAAUGUUAUCUUCGGUAUAAAACGACGAAGCGCCUGGGUCAAAUCAAACGACAGCGGGAUAAGCUAGUUAAAGAGGGGAAAUACACCCCUCCACCUCACCACAUGGGCCAGGACGAACCCAGGCCCUGAGCAGAGCAGGUGGACGCUGCUUUUCAUGCUGUUUUCCACUGGGAGAAAGUCUAAUGAAAACUGCUUCAUUGAGUGCAUAAAAAUAAAGAUUUAGUCAACCUCA